AUGGACGGGCGGACAGACGAACGGAGCUACUGCAUUGGCGGGAUCACAAGCGGCGUGGUCUCAGCCUCGGAGGCCGCAGACAGCCACGCUUGCCUGCGCCCGCGAGCGGCGGCACCGCCCUCGAGUCGGCGCGUCUCGACGCCUGCGCACACGCGCACACGCCGCAGCCAGCAGCGCCCCUCGCCCGACCGCCACCACAUGCACACAUGCACCCACGCAGGCACGCAUACUGCGCGCACUGACGUGCGCACAGGCCGCCAGCAGCACUCAGUUUGGCAAUCGCGUCCGCGACGCCGUCUCCGCCGUCGGGCGGAGCUCUCCGCCUUUGAGUUGAGCCAUCAACACGCCGCGCCGAGUCGGACUCACGCACACACGGACGGCCUCGAUCGCCGCCAAUGCACACACCCACACCAGCAGGCCUGUCGACACGACGCGACGACGCACACGCACUUGCCCGCCGCUGCCAAACUGCCUCGUCAUAAAACGCCUCGUCCGGCCCCAUCCUGCCGCACCGGUCCCUUGUGCCCCUUCGCCCCGCCUCUAGCCCUCGGGGAUCUUGAGGCUAGUCCCCCCUCCGUCGCCAUAGCCACCGACCACCACUGGAGUCUUAUACCUCGCCCCGAUAGCCCGCCGGCGCCACAAUCUCGGUAA